CGCAAAAAUCGAUUUGACUAACUGGAGCUCUACGAAACAUUCCGCAACAUUCAACCACCGACAACUUUCGACAGCGCAACCCCCAUAACCGCCGUCAAAAUGACCCGUAAGACCUACUGCAAGGGCAAGGAUUGCCGCAAGCACACCCAACACAAGGUCACUCAGUACAAGGCUGGCAAGGCCUCUCUGUUCGCGCAAGGAAAGAGACGUUACGACCGAAAGCAGUCCGGUUACGGUGGUCAGACCAAGCCUGUGUUCCACAAGAAGGCUAAGACAACGAAGAAGGUCGUGCUAAGAUUGGAGUGCGUUGCCUGCAAGACUAAGCUACAACUGGCACUGAAGCGAUGCAAGCACUUCGAACUUGGUGGUGACAAGAAGACAAAGGGUGCCGCCCUGGUGUUCUAAACGCGUUUCCUACUCGAGUCAUUGUGCACGUUCUUCAUUCAUGGCAAUAGGGUGGUUCAUUACGGCCGGGCAUUCACUGGCGACGGGAGUCUUUGAUACUCG